CGAUCUUAAGCACACUCAGCAAUCGACAGUCAACAGGAUGAAUACCCUUAUAAUCUCCCUCGCUCUUGUGGCUGCUGUCUCUGCUGCACCAGGUGGUUACACAGGCUAUGGUGGCCAUGGUGUUUAUGGUGGUCAUGGAUUAUUAGCUGGAGCAGGAAUUUAUAGCGGAUACGGAUUACACGGAGCUUAUGGUGCUCAUGGUGUAGCUCUUGGAGGACCCAUUUUGGGGCCAUCUCAUAUCGCCGGACCUCACGUGGGACACUCUUCCCUCGCUGGCCCAGCUAUUGGACCUUCUCAUCUUGCCGGAUCAGUUGCUGGUCCAGUACAUGUUUCUGGCGCAGUUGCUGGUCCAGCUGUCGUGACAGCUUCCGUUGCAGGGCCUGCCCAUGUUGAACAUUACGGAGGUCCUUAUGAUGGCGGAUAUGGUGCAUAUGGCGCUGGAUAUGCUGGAGCUGGUCACGGCCACGGAUAUGGAGGUCAUAGUGCAAUUAUAACUGGUUUAGGACAUCAUGGAGCAGUAUACCCUGGCCCAUCGCAUCAUGGUGCAAUUAUUGCCGGACCAGCAACACAUGGUGCUGUUCUAUCUGGACCACAUGCGGGAAGUGCUGCCGUCUCUGGUCCCCACGCAGGUGACGUGGUGAUUGCCGGUCCUUCUGGCAAAAUCACAGCUCAUGGCAGUGGUGUUGGAGCCAUUCACACUGGCUACGGCCACGGUCAUCACUGGUAAUCAGAGAAAAGUAUCUUAGUAUAAUAGAAAACAAAAAAGACUUAAAUGCGAAUGACUCGCAUCACCACCUUUUUGAACAUCGCUAGAGAGGAAAUAUUUUCCUUAACAUGACAGAGAAUCAAAUGCACGUUUUAGUAUAAUUAAAUCAUCUUUUUAUACAUUUUUUCAUUUUUGGUAAGUUUUGAAGUUGAUGCAUGUGAUCUAAAUGAAUAUUAUAUAUGUAUGAGAAAUGUUGAAUUUGUAUGAGAAAAAUAAACGCGUCUUUUUUGUAA